GUUUUAGGGUUUCAUUGUUUUUGAUGAACCAUUUGUAGCUGCUUUUAUAUCUCCGCCGAUUCCGACGACAAUGGUUGCCGCCAAGAAGACCAAGAAGACCCAUGAGAGCAUUAACAACAGAUUGGCUCUCGUUAUGAAGAGUGGGAAAUACACUUUAGGUUACAAAACUGUUCUUAAAUCUCUCAGAAAUUCCAAAGGUAAGUUGAUUAUCAUUGCCAACAACUGCCCUCCUCUUAGGAAGUCAGAGAUUGAAUAUUAUGCCAUGUUGUGCAAGGUUGGAGUUCACCACUACAAUGGAAACAAUGUAGACUUGGGCACUGCCUGUGGCAAAUAUUUCAGAGUGUGCUGCCUCAGCAUCAUCGACCCCGGUGAUUCUGAUAUUAUUAAGAGCAUGCCCGGAGAUCAUUAAGCUACUGAGGAUGAUUGUCCUGAUUUAGUUUAUAUCUUUCUGAACCUUUUUUUUAUGGUCUAUUCGGAUCUUUGAUGUGGAAUGGUGUGAUGGUAUCGACUAGUGUUUUGUGAGUGAGUUUUUUAUGUUAAGAUCAUCGUGGAA